UUUUGCGCCUUUCGCGAGGGCAGAGGUGGCUCAAUCCCAUGUGUGUGUGUGCGUGUGCGUGGCCGCAGCACGCCCGGACGCUUUUCCACCGGCAGCAGUGCAACUUGGUCACCACGUUGGAAGUGGGCGGCGAGCUGUUCUCCGCGUCGGAUCGCCGCGCGCAGGACGCCGUCGGGGCCGAGCUGGCGACGCUGCGGGACGAGUGGGACGAGCUCCGCGGCGCUCUGGGCCGCCGACUGGACCUCGCCCGGGCCGUCGUCCAGAUUUGGGAGCGCUGCGAGGCUGAACUGGAAGACGAGACGCUGCGGCUGAAGGCCACGAAGGCCGGGCUCGACGAGGAGGACGAGGGGCGGCCGCAGGACGUCCCCGACGAUUGGGCCGACGGCCUGGGCCGGCUGAGCGCCGCCAACACCGACCUGAGCCAGUACGUCAUGGCCGACGACGACGUCCUGGUCCUCCGCGAGCGCGUCGGGCACCUUCGCUGCCAUUGGGAGGAGCUGUGUCUCAAGGUGUCCCUUCGCAAGCAGGAGAUCGGCGACCGGCUCAACGCCUGGAUGAUUUUCAAGGAGAAAAACGCCGAGCUCUGCGAUUGGCUGGCGCGCGUGGAGAACAAGAUGGCCGACGCGUCCCAGCUCAACAUCGAAGAGAUGGUGGAGAAGCUCAAGAAGGACUGCGUGGAGGAGAUGAACCUGUUCGGCGAGAACAAAAGUCCCCUGAAGCAGCUGGGAGAGCAACUCAUCCGAGCCGACGACGAGACCGAAGAGAGCCACGUCGGCGACGCCGUCUGCCGCGUCGACGACCGAUGGCGGCACCUGUUCCGGCGCAUCGAGGCCAGAGUGACAAAGUUGAAGGAGACUCUCUUGAGAGUGCAGCAACUGGACAAAAACAUGAGCAACCUCCGAUCGUGGCUUUCACGCGUGGAGGCCGACCUGUCCAGGCCCAUUACCUACAGUAUUUGUCAUCACCAGGAGAUACAGAGAAGGCUGGCUGAGCAGCAGGAGCUGCAACGGGACAUCGAGCAGCAUACGGAAGGCGUCACCUCGGUCCUCAACCUGUGCGACCUUUUGCUGAGGGACGAAGACGCCGCCGGCACCAUUGAGGCGGAAAGUGACUCCCUGCAGGAAACCAGUCAUAGCCUGGACCAGCGCUGGAGGACCAUCUGUGCCAUGUCUCUCGACAGGCGACUCAGGAUUGAGGAAACAUGGAGACUGUGGUGCAAGUUCCUGGAGGACUAUUCGCAGUUUGAGGAUUGGCUCAAGACGGCGGAGAAGACCGCCGCCAACCCCAACUCGGGAGACGUUCCUUACGCUGUUGCCAAGGAGGAGCUGAAGAAGUUUGAGAGGUUCCAAAGGCAGUUGCAUGAGAGGCUGACCCAGCUGGAGCUGCUCAACGAGCAGUACCGCCGGCUGGCCCGCGAGAACCGGACCGACGGCGCCGGCGAGCUCCGCCUGCGGGUGGACCGGGGCAACCGCCGGUGGGACGACCUGCGGAGACGGGCGGCGGCCGUGCUGCGACGACUCAAGCACCUGACGUCGCAGAGGGAAGACUUUGAGGGGAGGCGCCAAGGCAUCCUCGCGUGGCUGACGGAGAUGGACUUGCAACUCACCGACGCGGAGCACUUCUCCGACAGCGACGCCGAGGACAAGAUGAGGCGGCUGAAGGCGUUCCGGCACGAGAUCACGCUUAACGCCGGCGAGAUCGACGCCCUGAUCGUCUCCGGGGAGAACCUGAUCCGGAAGAGCGCCCCCCUGGACGCGGCGCUCAUCCAAGACCAGCUGGAGGAGCUGCACUCGUAUUGCCAGGAAGUCUUUGGCCGCGCGGCGCGUUUCCACCGCCGGCUGCUCCGUCGCCGGCUGAAUGAAGUGCCGGAGGAGGAGGAGGAGCGAGAGGGAGAGGGGGAGGAGCUGCCGUCGGACCAAGCGAGUGGCCCGCCGUCUCCCGUCAAGGACGCGGGCGAACGGCGGGCCUCGCGCCAGCCGCCGCCUCCGGACCUCUCCGGCGGAAGAGAGACGCCCGUCGGCGUGGACUCCGUCCCGCUGGAGUGGGACCACGCGGUGGACGUGGGAGGGUCCUCGUCGCACGAGGACGGCGAGGAUGCCGAAGAGGCCGCCUUCUUCGGCGCCCCGUCAGCGAUGCCGGCGAGCGACGCGGCGGGCCGCCGCCGCCGUCCCGUCUCCCCGCCGAGGACGGCGCCGGGGCCAAAAGUCUGCAGCGCCGCCUUUGACCAGCGGGCCUACGUCAAGCUGAUGUCCGAGUGCAGCGGAAGCAUCGACGACGUCAAGCGGGUCAAGUCCGUCCUCGGCGACGACCGGAAAGCCGACCCUCGGCCGCGCGUCUGCGGCCAAAGCGUGAUGGAGCGCUGGGAGGUGGUGCAGGCCCGGGAGGUCCACCAGGAGGUCCGCCGGGACGACCGCGGGGAGGACCACCGCGACGAGGACCCGCAGCGGUGGCGCAAGCUCCAGGCCGACCUGCGCGGUGUCACUUCCUGGCUGGACGCCAAGCUCCCCGAGCUGGAGGCGCUGCGGAAGCUCCCGCCGGCCGCUGGCCUCAAAGAUUUUGAAGACAACGUCAGGACGCUGAAGGAGACGCAGAGGGCGUUCUGCGUCCGCAAGCGCGCCCUGAUCUCGCUCAACCUGGCCGGCGGCGGCUCGGACGGCCGGCGGCCGCGGGAGCUGAAGGCGGGGCUCGGCUCGGCCAAUCGCAGCUGGAUGCGAGCGUGCGGGGCGCUGGAGCGCUGGGAGGCGGGGCUUCACGCCGCGCUCACGCAGUGUCAGGACUUUCACGAGUCGCUGCGUUCGUUGCUCUCGUGGCUGGCUCAAGCGGAGCAACGACUCUGCGCGGUCGACGCGCGGCGGCAUCGGCCCUCGCGCGCCGCCCUGUCGGAGCGACGCGACGCGCUGCAGGUAAGAGAGCGCCGCCAGGCGCUUCACGCGGUGGGCAACAAGAUGGAACUGCUGCUCAGGCGCGUCCACGCGAGUCUCGCCGCCCUCGACCGGGACCUCAAACGGCAGCAGGAGGAAGGGGAGGAGCCAGCGGAUGACGGCCAGGUGGACAUUCAGAAAAGGGGGCGGGACGACGGCGGCGGCGCCCCCCCCGGCCGCCGCCCCCUGUUGCAGCGCGUCCUGCGGGCGGCGUUGCCGCUGCACGCGCUCUUCUUUCUGCUGCUGGCGUUGGGCUGCUUGGUGGCGCCGCCGGACGAGUGGCCGUCGCCCUCCGGCUGCUCGCUGGCCAACAACUUUGCGCGCUCCUUCUCCCCCAUGCUGCGCUACACCAACGGACCCCCGCCCACCUGA